AUGAAAAUUGUAGAUGCUAUAGAGAACAGUUUGGCAAAAAUCUACCCUCCAACCAACAUGGCCAUAACAGCCGCAUCAAUGCAAAAUCCUUCAGAAGCAACCACUACUAAUCCAACAGUAGAGAAAUGGCCCGAAUGCCCAGGACAUUGCGUGUUUCGGCUGAUUGUGCCAAUUUUGAAAAUGGGCAGCAUAAUUGGUUGCAAAGGCAAACUCAUUAAGAAGAUGUGCAAGAAACCUAUGCCUACAUUCGUGUCUUUAAUGGUUUUAAUAACUAGAAAAGAAGAACCAGAUGCAAUAUUUUCUCUUACAAUGGAUACUGCUAUAAGAGGUUUCAAACGUGUCUCUGAAUUGCCUGACAAUGAUGGGGAUGCUAGAGCAGUUGGAGCUACGUUUUAUUCAAUCCGAUUGUUGUCAUUUUGGAAUAUUAUGCAUAAUAAUGAGGAUGUUCCAUCAGCUUCUUUAACAUUUGCAACACUAGGGACUUUUGGUGCUCCACUUUUUGAGGGGUUUAAGAGAGAUCAAAAAGGUAGAAUUAAUAGAAAAUCCUUUUUCAAGAGCUAUAAUUACUUUAUUGUGAAAGAAUGGUUUAUGAAAAAAAGGAGAUUACCUCAUGUCUCUUGCUCAUUGCCACUUUUUUCAGUCUCACUUACAAGAAAAGUAGGAGCUGAGUUAAUAGACACUCUCAUACUAUUCUUUGCUAGGACAACAACAACCAUUGUGAACCAAAAGACACAAGGUUCUAAAACUUUUAUUGGCCUGGUUGCCUUCACUGGCCUUACUGUCAUGAUUGUCAUACUCUCCACUGGUCACCUUUUAAAGGCAUAUCUCAAUGUAGCAGUCACCAUUGCCUUUCCUACACUCAAACAUUUUCCUUGGAAACAUGUACCUAGAUACAUUAGAGCACCAGUAAUGGCAUCAUUAUAUGCUGCAUUUGAACUAAAAGCAAUAUUUCAUCCAAUAAUGGGAAAAAGAGUGACAAUUCCUUUAGGGGGAUUUGGUCAAGCUUUUGCUUUAGAGUUUAUUAUUAACUUCAAUCUCAUGUUUGUGGUUACUAUUGUUACCACCAACACCAGAGCUGUAAACGCCCUUUUUCAUCUACUUUUUUCAAUUGUGAAAUCAACAAAUCAAAGAGAAUAG